AUCUUAAUAAUGUAGGAGAAUAAAAGAAAUGUUUUUCCAAAAAACACAAAUCAUUGUGAUUAUUUUACCUUAUUGGAAUGUUGGAUAAUAUAGUCCACUUCAUUAGUCAUCAAACAUGCUCUGGAUUUUCCAUUUUUAUAGGAUUUGUCUCAAUUGAGGUAAUACUGGUAAUUCUUGUACUCCAUGUGAAGGUGAAAAAUGUAGGCCAAAAUCAUAGACCAUGCAUAGAAGCUGGAUAAUGAAGAGAGCUCUGGAGGAACAUGUGGACACACACACACACUGACACACAUAUAUUUAGAGUAUAAACACAUAUACUUUUUAAAGUUUAUUUUGAACGUUUUAAAGCAAAAGCCAGCCACGCCCCCCCCUCCCGGAGAAGGCAGGCCCCGCCCCUCUCCCCAAGUGGGCGGGGACAGCAGUAGCAUGGGCAGCUUUCCUUGUGAUAUCACAGGUUCCUCUGGCCACACUGCUCCCUGGCCACGCCUCCUUUCCUUUUCAUCUUUCUCAUUGACCAAUGGGCUUGGAGAAUUAAGGCCACGCCCCCAUUCUGCAUUCUAGUGGGGCCCUGGUUACGCCUCCUCUGGCUCAGUCACACAGCCGCCUGGUAGGUGACUGGAGGUGUUCGCUGAUGUGGCCCCAACCCUGCCUCCCUCCCCACCCCAUGAUGUUAGACGAGACUCAACGGAGUCAAUUGGCAGCAGCCAAGAAAAAGCUAAAAGAAUAUCAGCAGAGGAAGAGCCGUGGUGUUCCGGCAGGAGCGAAGACAAAAAAGAAGAAAACUGGCAGUAGCCCUGAGACAACCACUUCUGGUGGUUGCCACUCACCUGGGGAUAGCUGGAACCAAGAACUGGAAGUAGCUCUGGACUCAAGCUCCACAACAAUCAAUCAACUCUAUGAAAACAUAGAAUCACUGAAACAACAGAAGAAACAAGUGGAACAUCAGCUGGAAAAAGAAAAGAAAGCAAACAAUGACAUACACAAAGCACAGACGGAGCAGUUAGAGACAAUCAACAUCCUCACAUUGGAAAAGGCAGACUUGAAGACCACCCUUUACCAUACUAAACGUGCCGCCAGACACUUCGAAGAAGAGUCCAAGGAUCUGGCCGGCCGCCUGCAAUACUCUUUACAGCGUAUUCAAGAAUUGGAGCGGGCUCUCUCUGCUGUGUGUACACAGCAGUGGGAAGAGGACAGGUCCUCGAGCCGCAGUGAAGCCGUCCUCCAGCGGCAGUUACAUCAGACCAGAAAGGAGCGGGCGCUGCUGAACGCACACGUGACACAGGUGACAGAGUCACUUAAACAAGUCCAACUGGAGAGAGACGAAUAUGCUCAACAUAUAAAAGGAGAGAGGGCUCGGUGGCAGGAGAGGAUGUGGAAAAUGUCGGUGGAGGCUCGCACAUUGAAGGAGGAGAAGAAGCGUGACAUACAUCGGAUACAGGAGCUGGAGAGGAGCUUGUCCGAACGCAAACACCAGAUAGCUGAGCCUCCAUCCCCAGUGGACCCAGCAGGGCCCUCUGAGGUGGAUCAGCUACAAGAUGAGGCCAAACACCUGAGGAAGGAGGUGGAGAGUUUGGUGGGAAAACUCCAAUCCCAGGUGGAAAACAAUCAGGCCUUGAGUCUCCUGAGCAAAGAACAAAAGCAGCGGCUCCAGGAGCAGGAGGAGAGGCUCCAAGAGCAGCAGGAGAGGCUUCAAAAGCAGGAGGAGAGGAGGUUGCGGGAGGAGGAGAGACUAUGUGAGCAAAAGAAGAGGCUUCGGGAGAAGCAGAAGAGGCUGGGGGAGCAGGGUGAGAGGCUGCGAAAGCAGGAGGAGAGGCUGCGAAAGGAGGAGGAGAGGCUACAAAAGCAGGAAGAGAGGCUGUGGGAGAAGGAGGAGAGGCUGCGAAAACAGGAGAAGAGGCUGCGAAUACAGGAGGAGAGGCUCGCGCUCUCCCAGAACCACAAGUUCAACAAGCAGCUGGCCGAGCCACAGUGCAGCUUUGAGGAUCUGAACAACGAGAACAAAAGCACACUGCAGUUGGAGCAGCAAGUAAAGGAGCUGCAGGAGAAGCUGAGCAAGGUGAAGGAGAUGGAGUUCCUAGAAGCUGCCAGCCAGCAGAACCAACAGCUAGAGGCCCAGCUGAGUCUCAUGGCUCUCCCUGGACAAGGAGAUGGAGGAGGACAUCUGGACACUGAGGAGGAGGGGGUGCCUCGGCCUAUGCCGAGUGUCCCAGAGGACCUGGAGAGCCAGGAGGCCACGAGCAGCUUUAUGGACCUCCCAAGGGAGAAGGUGGACGGGAAGCAGCAGGUGGAGAAACUAGAGCUUGGAUUCUUCCAGCUCUCUGGAGCGACAGAUGGCAUGAGAGAGCACAUCACGGUAUAUGAGAGCCAGAGGGCAGGGCCAAACACGCGGCACCAGGAGGAGGAAGCCAGCAGGCUGGCCCAGAACGAGGAGGAGAUGAAGGUGAAGCUGCUGGAGCUGCAAGAUAUGGUGUUGCCGGUUGUGGGCGACCAUGAGGGGCAUGACAAAUUCCUCCCUGCUGCCCAGAACCCUGUUAAUGAGCCCGCUCCAGGGGCCCCAGCCCCCCAGGAACUUGGGGCUGUGGAGGAGCAGAGUGAUUUUCAGGACAGCGUGGAGCCUGCACCGGGACAGGCCAGGGAGGGUUCUCCCCGUGACAACCCCACUGCACUGAAGAUCCUGCAGCUGCUUCCUGUAACGAAGGACACCCAGGAGCACCCAGGCUUGGCCACCAAACCCUGCGUGCCAUUCUUUUACCGGGCAGCCAAGAACAGAGAGAUAAACAUCAUCAUCAUCUGAGAGCUGGUCAAGAAAUUUAAAAUCAACAACAAAAAGUUAUGGGGUUAAUCCCUUACACAAUUCAUCUACUUCUUGGAAUGUUAGAACCCCUCAUGUUUAUUUAUGUUUCUAAUUUACAGUUUAAAUUUAUUUAUAAAAAGUUAAGGGAGAGGGAUCUUUCCCUGAUAUUCACUCUGGCAUCCAUUAGCAUUGUUGUUUUUAAUUGAUAAUUGUAGGUCAUUAGCUCACAUAUCAAGUUUGCCCUUACAUGGUGGGAGUUCAAACACACAAAGACCCACUAUUUGCACAAAACUAUUCUUACUGGUUUGGAAUAGGCUGCCCUGCUUUUUAAAUGUUAUUGCAGCAUGUAUAUUCAUUACAGAAUUCAGAUAAAAUUUGCUUAUGUUCUGCUAUUAUGUUUGAUCGAUUCCUAAUCACAGUGAGCUCUUCAUUAGCUCAAUACGUGGUUUGCCCUCAAGUGCGCACUGUUUCUUACUUUGUAAUAUGCCCCUGUGAAUACUGACAUUUAGAGUUGUUUAAAGGCCGAGAACUGGAAACAGAUUUUCCCCUAUUUUCUGUGUAUUGGGGAUGGGAGUGAUAACAUUUUGGGGAGCUUUUUAAAUCUCACAGAAGAGGAAAGUGGCCUGCUCUGGCAGGUGUGUGCGGGAUAGAGUGUGUUUCAUUUGUUCUGGUGCCAGGAAUGAGCGCGGUACUAUGGUAGUUCCCUUAGGAUUUGUACGUGCUCUGGGUUCAUGAAGAUAUCGCAGCAUGAGCUGCAGCGGUUGGACUCUUUCUCAAUGACCUAAAAGGGAUUAUUUCUGAGGAAUGAAAGGCUCCUGUCAUUGACUGGAUGUGGAAAAUCUUUUCUAGCUUAGAGCUUUCACAUCCACAAUACAUUUUAACGUCAGAGUUCAUGUUACCUGUUUUAAUCACAUGACUACAUGUCCCAGUACACAAAAGGGCACUGCUUGGCAUUCGUCUUAGUGUAUUUAGUGACGAUCAUAAGAAACCCUUUCAGAGUUUAAAUGUCCCUGGAACAGGCAUACAGGCUCUAGUCAAGAAUGAAUUCGACUGAAGGAAAGCUGUGUGACACCUGGCAUUCCUCUAUGUUCACGGAGCUUCUUUGAGGCUAGAAGAUUGAUUUUACCAUCUAGACCUCUCUGGCUAAUACCUAUUCUUCAACCACAUUGGUUAAUCUGACAUAGGAAUUACUUCUUUUCCUUGAAUGGAAAACACUUUAAAAAUAAUAACCAUUUUAAUAAAGUAAUACAUUUGAGAGUAUUUGUUGAAACAAAAAGCAGUUUUAGUGGACAGUGUUAUACUACAUUUGAAAAUCAAGAAGUUUAUGCAACUUAAAAUAUUUACAAACUGCAAUGCAGUCCACUGUUUGUGAAUGUCAAAGUAUUAUGAGUAAAAGUAUCUACACAAUCACAGAAUUAUAUUUCCUCACAAAGUUCUUUAUGAAGAGUGAAAUAUGUUUUUGUACCUCUUGGUUUCAGUUAGAGGCAUAUUUUGUGCUAUAUUUAUGUGCCUAUACAGGAUGAAUGAAUUAUUUCAGUCAUACGUUGCCUAAAUCAUAACUUCAUGAUGCUUGAGAAAGAAUCAACAGUUAAAACUUCAUGAAGUUCUAAUGUGUGUGUUCCAAAAUACAUCACGGUAUUAGGAUGUAGGGAGAGAUGUAUGUGCGCUCCCUGGGGUGUGCAAUUCUAGUUACUAGACCAUCUCCAUUUUUAGCAUUUGGCAUCCUCAUGAUACUUUUAUCAAUAUGACAUUAAUAGGAGAGCAAUAAUAUGAUUUUACAGAUGAAAUAACAGAUUUGCCUGCAUUCACUGAAAGAGUACAAAUAUUGGUGCUUCAACUGACUCUUCCAAAUUGUAUGAAUUUAUCAAAGUAUUGGAUAAACCCAGUUUCAGAAUGAUAAAGAAAAACUGUUAGACCAAAUAGUGUGGCUAAUUAACAGUGGUACAGUUUCUAAAUACCACUCUUUGUGUAGGGAUUUUGUCCUAUGUUUCAGAAAAAGCUAAAAAGAAUGGAAAUCCUAUGACAAUAACUUAAGUGUUUCUUCAAAGCAUGCAGUCUUUGCAAUACCUCAUUCAGCCAAGUAAUGUUCUCUUCCUCAUUCGGUAUAAGGCAGCUUUCAAUUUGCUUAGAAGGCAACACUAGAAGGUUAGAGAUCAUCAGAAAUAUAAAAUUUGAAAAUGUGAGUUCAACUGAAUAAAUUUGAAUUUCUGUUAGAAGAAUCAAAAUACCUAUUUAAAGAUUGCAAUAUAUGGUCAUUAUUUUUAAAGUUUUUGAUUAAACCUGAUAGGUUUUCUAGAAAUGAAAAAAAAAAAUCAGUUCUAAAACCAAAGCUGAUAUUUAGAAAAUGUGAAAAGGUACAUCAGCCCUAUCCAUAAUACAGUUUCUCUAAAACUGUAUCUUACAGAGUCACUUUAAAAUAAUAUAACUAUUCAAAAAUAUAACUGCUAUCUUAAUGUUUUGAAAUAAGUUAAAGCAUGUUAAAAUGCGAAUACUGUAGUUUAAUAGAAAGAACCUGGGGGAAGGAAAAGUAGAGAAAGAAAUGCCAAUUCCAAUGCCAAGCUUUAUUUGCCGAAUUUUCUUAGAAUGACUUUUACCAAUUUAUGAAUUCCUGUCAACAGAAUGUAUAAUGGAAGUACUGAAAGACUGUUGUCUAAAGUGCCAUUAUUGACUGCUACUAUGAUGCUACUGCAAUGCAGUAAGUUAGGAAAUUGUUGCAAAGUGCUGUUUUUGCCAUAAAAUUUUGUGUGUCUUGGAAACUAUGGUGUUAAAGAUAUUGAGACUGUGCAAAUGCUGGGCACGCUUGGCAUGAGAUCAUCGGAUUUUAUUUUUACAAAAUUGUAACUAUGCAAGUGUGUUUAUUAGAAAAACACAAACCAAAGUUACGGGAUAAAAAAGUUGUGGAUGAAAAAGUUAUGGGAUAAACAAUGUUGUGGAAAAGUUGUGGCAAAAAAAAAGUGUUGUGGAAAAAAAGUAGGAUAACAUUUAUGACAAGUUUUUAAAAAAGUAUUAUGAAAAAGAAGUUAUGGGAUUAAAAAAAAAGUCAUAGGAUAAAAAUAAAUAAAAGCAGGCCCCUGUCAGCAUAAGCCUGGAGAAGUGGGGCUGGAGUCUUCACCCCCACCGUGUCCCUAUCACCCCUUCCCAGUCACCCCUUUACCAUUAAGGUAGCAAGACAAGAUCCCUGUCUAAUGGGGGGCAGACAACCAGACCCUUUGCCACCUUGACCAGGGCUGAGUCCUUACAUUCCUGGACGAUGAUGUUUGUUAUUGAAGAGCCAGAGGCUGGUGGAGCUGGUUUGUUUGGAGGAGGCCUGGGAUGGCCUCCCUACUCUCACCAAAGCAACUUUUCCCUCAGGGGAGCUCCCAUCUUCUUAUUCAGAGAGGCAGCUGAAGUGGGACAGUGGGGCUAAGUGUAGAACAGGUGAGGGCACGGGCUGCUGGGGUGGCCCCCCUUCCCCAGUGUACAUAUAGCAUCUGUGUAACAUUUUGUAUAUUCCAGGGGUUAGGGCCACCCUCUGUAUUGUACCUCAUGGAGGUUGGAGCUGGCAUAUGGGGAGGAGGUUCUAGUCAUUACUUAUGGCUGGGAGACUUAUUUAUUGAUAGCAUAGGACAGAGGAAGGAGGUGGGGAUGGGGUUGUGGCUCCCUGGUGAUAUGACUCCUGUUUAUUUUGCUUUUCAUUAUGGAAUAAAUGGAUUUAGCC